GGGCGCAGCAUAAUCGAAUCGACUUCUGGCAGUUCAUUGCUAAGGCGGUAAAUUUUUACUUCGGCGGUUAAAGCAGCUCUUCAGGCAGCUAAUUAAAAAAAUUAGGAGAUAUAAGGGCAGACUGUCACGCUGCUGUGAGUCAUCCAGGGAAGCCGACUACACAAGGGGAAGCGCUGUGUUGCAGUUGCUGCCUGAAAUCAGGCUCAUCUGAAGACGACGUCCAGUUCGACGAUGGUUGGAACUCCUCACGUUCUUUUCGUCUCGCUCUGCCUUCUGGGAGGCGUUGCCCUUGCGGAGAAACAGUGUGAUUUCACAGGAACUCCUGAUGCCUGGAACGCUAUUACAAAGCCCGGAAGUGGAGUAUAUCGGCUCCAGCUGUCAACGCAAGAAAACCCGAAGGACUGUCUGAGAGGGAAGGUACCCAAAAAUCCAACUAAGCCAAAUGCAACAAUCAAAAUGACUUAUAAGGACAAGGACGGCCAAUGGCAGUCGAACGAAUGGCAGUUUUAUACCUCGGGCCCCAACAUAACAGCAACACUGGGUGAUAGAACACUAACUGGAACAGUGAUAUUUGAUGACGAAGGCAAAUGCCACGUUAAUAAAUAUCCGGAUGGUGCUUACGGUCUUUGGAAACACAGCAGCGCUCAGGAAGGUGACGCGAAAUGCUGUAAGAAGAAAUUUAAGAAGGAAACCAAGAGCAAGAACCCGCAAAACCCCCAGAAAGAAGGCUGCUCAAAAUCAACAUCGUAGUUUGAUAACGGUCUACGCUGCGAAUCGAUGUUAGCUCAAUAAAUUGAAUAAAAACAUCGUG